ACAAACAGAAAAUAUCGAAACUUGAUUUCUAAUUUUAAAACAGUUUAAAUCGCUCGAUAAUAUUUAUUUUGAAAAUAAUUAAAUUUAUUAUUGGAACAAUUUUUUCUUUUGACAAAUGCUGAGAAUCAUGUGACAGCAACUAGAAAAAGUUUUGAAAUUUGUUUAUAAGUUUGCAUUUUGUAAAAACUUUUUGUUUCACAUUGAAUUUAGCAGUAUUACAUCGCAAGAUGAAGUCUUUAAGAGAAGUGAUAGAAGAUGCUCCUAAAACAAUGACCAAAGAAUAUUUACAGACUUUAAAUAUAGCAUUAUUUCAACAUGAUUUAGAAUCAGACACUAAUAUAGAUGCAAUUCUGAGCUCAUUACUUCUGUUGAUUGUCGAUCCUGGAGCUACAAUAUCACAACAACACUUGUCAAUUGUUAUUUUGCAGAAGCUGUCUCCAAUUAAAAGCAUAUCAGAGAUCCUUACCAUAGAAAUUGGUCCAAUGCUAAUUAAAGCAUUUCCUGUUUUACUUGUGCAAGACAUUUCUGAUCAGGGUACUAAAGAACUCAUUAGGAAAUUAGCAUGGUGUCUGUAUAAUGGAAGCUGGCCUUUAGAACAACAGUGGCAUCUUUUGGGUUUUAUCUCUACAGUUGUGGCUUCACCAAAAACUCCUUUGACUCAAGAGGAUAUGAAGAGGGUAUGCUCAUUGUUAUCUGAAUGGCUAAUUAUUCAUGCUUCUGUAUCUUCAAAUAAAAGUCUAGGCUUUAGAAGAUCUUCUAGUUCUUUGUCUAUUACUGAAGUAGAUGGAACAAAUACCCAAGACUUUUUCACUGUUCUGAAUUAUGCUUCUACAGUAAAUCCAGACUUUUUACGAAACAUUCAAGCUUUCUCAAUGUUAAGAUCGUUUUUGUGGAAUACCAGUGAGAUUGAUGUUAAAGGAUCUCGACACAAACGUUCUUUUGUUGGUAGUUUUGGAUGUGAAGAUUUGAGUCUUUCAAUUAGAGAGUACUGCAUGAGAAUAAUUGAUCAAGUUGACAGAAAAGCAAGUUCUGAUGUAGUUGCUCAAUUCCAAAAAGCUUGUCUCAUUGAAGCCAUUCACUUAUUUAAUAUCAUUUGUUUAAUGGAUUCUGGCAUUGUUCAUGCAAUCUUUCCUAUCAUCAGACGUAUUUAUGAUCAUGUGCACUCCAGUGUAAUAGCUGAACCGGAAGCACAAGAUGUUGCAGUUUUGGCUAGUGCAAUGCAGUUUUUCAUAAAUCAUGGUAGUUCAGUGAUGCAUAAACCAGAUAGCCUCUAUGUAUAUCUUUUUUGUGAUUUAUUGAGUACAUGUUACAAGGACAAUUAUAUUACAUAUGAAAUUUUACAAUUAAUGAAAGAAAAUUUGUCUCAAUUGUGCUACCAUAGCAGUAUACUGGAAAAGUAUUUUCCAACCUUUUUCAAAGUUUUGGCUUGGCGACCUUGUACUUUCUUAGAAGAUUUCUUGGAACUCCUUCCUGCUUUUCUUUCACAAAAUACUUCAGUUGAGGCUUUCUACACACUAUUAGACCUUCCUUGUUUGACAGCUAUACUCACUCUGACAGAUGGUAGAGCAGCCAACUCUGAAACCUGGACUUUAAAAGACCCAGUUUUAAUAGAAGCAUUUAGAAAACCAGAAAUGGCUUCAGCAGUUAAGUUUAUGGUACGAAAAACAAGCGGUCUUAAUUAUAGUAGUAACAGUAUUAUACUAUUGUAUCAGACUUUGGGAAGCCUGGCUAAUCAGAGUCGAGUUAUUUACUGUGCACAGACAGUUAUUCCAUUAUUGAAGAGAUACUUUGAAGUUAUUUUACAAUAUGCAGAUGCAACUGUUACUUCUCUUUUAAUUCCAGCUAUAUUGGAAAGAGUAUCAUGUAUAUUUCCUGUUCCAAAAUAUGCUGCAGAGGUUCAUGCCAUAUUGUCUGAUGCUGUUGUCCAGUUGUUUGAACUUCAUCCUGAGACUGUGUUUCACUGUCAAAAAAAUAUCAUUAGUUAUAUAAAUCAUUUAAAAAAUUACACUGUUGCUGAACAAAACUUUAUUCAUAUGGUAUGGAUAAUUGGGGAGUAUGUAUCUGUGGUUUAUAGCAGCAUUUGCCGUCCAGAGAUUAUAGCAUUAUUUUUUGAGAGCUUGGAAAGCACUACAUAUGAAGCAUUGUCUUCCCUUCAUGAUUCUUCUAAUGAAAACUUUCUGAAACUUUUGAGUGUGUCAUUGACAACCUUAGCAAAAUUGGCUGCUAGAAACCAAGAUCAAGUUCCUAGAGCUGUUUUGUGUCUAACCAAAGCAAAAAAUCAGCUUCUGUUGUUUGGUAAUGAUUAUAAAAAGAACUGGAAAAUUGUCAUUGAAAGAGUGUCUGAAUUGUUGUCUAUUUUAAAGUCACCCAAUGUGGCUACCAUUGUACUCAGUCCACCUAAACACCUUGAAAAUGGAAGGUUGCAUAGAGACUCAACAUCUUUGCCAUAUGUUCUUCGUGCCAUUACAGGAGUUGUAUCUAAAAAUAAUUAAUUUCAACUCCAGAAUGAGUUUUAUUUAAAUGAGCUCUUAAUUGUGAUAUAUAUAAUUGUAAAAUAUUUUACUGUGGUAAUUUUUAUUGUAAUAUACGCUAGCGUGAAAUGUGUAAUAUGUAUAUUCAAAUAAUGAUAAUAAAUAUUUUAAUAGUA